AUGUAAGUAUAGAAAAAAAGUCAAUAGUAAUCAUUUGCAGAAUAUGUUAAAUAAAUAACUAGUUAAUCUGUUAAUAGAUUCUAGUAAACAUCUACAAAACAAUUUCGAUCAACCAAUCUUCCUCAAAUCUUUAAUGAAAUGGAUAGAUCACCUUAUAUGUUGACUAGUUUACAUAAGGCUAAAUUUCCUUAGGUGUCUAAAAUGGGAAAGACUUCCUAUUUGAAUUAUAGCUCUAGUGAGUAAAAGAAUUUUGAAGACUUGGCAUCCAAAUUUGCAAAACAGUUAGAAUAACAUACAAUAAGAAUAGAUAGAGACACACCAAGGAUUAAUUUGAUGCGAUUUUAAUUAAACAUAUAGAAGUCAAAAAGACAUCUUUUUAGAAAAAGUCCAAUACCAUUCUGA